AUGCCGACUCCUUACAGACCUCUUAGGAAUGGGCUUUAUCGGCAUGGUGACAGAUCUCCUCUUUCAAGUUUUCCCCAAAAUUCAGUCAAAGAAGAUGCCUGGCCAUGGGGAUAUGGACAACUGACAAAGACUGGAAUACAGCAGGCCUAUAACCUUGGGCAGUGGUUAAAAGAUAGAUAUAAGAACUUCUUAAGUCCUUCAUACAAGCCAAAAGAGAUUUAUGUUCAAAGUACAGAUUAUGAUCGAACCAUAAUGAGUGCUGAAGUAGUCCUGGCUGGUCUCUUUCCUCCUUCAGCCGAAGAAGAGUGGAACCCAGAUAUUCACUGGCAACCUAUUCCAGUUCAUACUAUGCCUCUUUCAGAGGAAAAGUUAUUGAUAUAUCCCAAUUUUAAAUGCUCAUGUUUUAAUGGAUUACUACAACAGUUCAAACAAGAAAUAAAAUCCAAGAACAUCUUGAAAAAACACAUGCAUGAUAUGACAAUAAUUGCCCUCCAAAUAGCACUUGGUGUUUUCAACCAGUUAUUACCUCCUUAUGCUGCUACCCAUAUUUUUGAGCUAUAUGAAGAAGACAACGGAAGUCAUACCAUUGAGAUGUAUUAUCGGAACAACACUGCUGUUGAACCCCAUAUGCUCACUUUGCCAGGAUGCUCAAAGGCUUGUCCACUGGAGAAGUUCCAAAACUUGAUUACUCCUAUUUUGCCAACAAAGGAAUGUUGA